AUGGAGGCAGGCAGAUCGACCGCAAGCUAUGUGCUUUUGCUCUUGCUGUUCGGGCUUUCCAUCUCGCAAUCUGACCGUGAGUGGGAGGGAGACCUUAAGCUCCCACUUUGCAAGCCCAUCUCCAUCAAGCUGUGUUCCGACAUCAAGUACAACGCGACCAUCAUGCCGAACUUGCUGGGCCACAGCACCCAAGAAGACGCGGCGGUGGCGCUUCGCCUCUUUUACCCCUUGUUGGAGGCCCAGUGCUCGGCAGAUCUUAAGUUCUUCCUAUGCUGCGUCUACGCUCCCGUGUGCACGGUUCUUGAGAAAAUUGUCCCCCCUUGCCGGGCUCUGUGUGAAAGUGCAUACUCGGGUUGUGAAGCCAAUAUAACCGCGGGAGGCCUCCAGUGGCCGGAGAAGAUUCGCUGCGACAAGUUCCCGGUGGCUGGAUUGUGUGUCGGAAAAAUCUAG